AUGAAGCACUUCUUAUUGCUUGUGUCUACGGCCUUGUUCACAACAGAUUCUUCUAAUUGCUUGGAAUCUGAUCUUCCAUUUUGCAAGCAAAUUACAGAUUGGCAUGGCGAACUGACUUGCUACACAGAGAGAAAAAUAAGUCUAUUUUGCUCCUGGUUGCCUGUCCCCUGUGCUCCAAAAACUACUACUUAUACAAUAAUUUUAAAGUGGGAUAAAAUCUCAAAACCUUUUGCAAGAACUACAGCAUCAACGUCCAUCACAAUAGAACGAAAAUUCCUUUACAUGAAUCGUGCUGUAAUUAUUUGGGUAUCAGCAAAUUACUCCCAUGAGAGCUGUGUGAAAACAAAGAACAUCUCCAUUAUACCCAGCAAGGCAGAGAAGUGUGCUAUACACUCCAUAAGUGCUCACCAGUUAUCAAACAAAUUAAUAAUUAAGUGGGACGCACCAAAAAAGUCUAUGCAAUAUGAACUGCAAUAUAAAGAAGCACGUCCAACAUCCUCACAGUGGAUAUUGGUGCCCACAGCAAACGAUGCUGUCAAUGUGACUGUCUCCGAUUUAAACAGUACAUCUUCAUAUGUUAUUCAGCUCAGAUGCUUACCCAGUGAGGAUCACCACUGCGUUUGUGUUUGGAGUAAAGAGAUUUUAGUCCCUCAUAAGCUGAUUGACAAGCCAACAAUUUCAGCAAAUGAAACCAUAGAAAUCUCUCCAGGAAGAAUAAAUGUUUUUCUUCAGUGGCAGAUAACACAAAGCAGGAAUGCCAUUGGAUACUAUGUUAAUAUUGAAAGAAUACCCAACAGUUGCAAUGAUCGACCCGAACGCAUCAACGUAACCGAGAGAAGAGUGCAUCUGAAUCUCUCCAUGGCUUAUUAUCGGUUUAAUAUUUCUGCCUAUAAUGAAGCAGGAGAAUCUCCACAGAUCACUUAUGUUGUCCCAGAUUUCACCGCAACAGUUUUGCCUGAACAAAUCACUGCCAUACCACAGGGAAACAACACUGUUGUCACCUGGACGCCAGAAUACAUUCCAAAGUGUUUUGUUGUUGAUUGGGGCACUGGUAAAGAAGAUAUGCACAUGAAAAUAAUAACUAAGCCCAUGGGAAAUUUCACACUAGACCAUUUACAACCAUAUAAAUUGUACAAAAUAAUGGUGCAUGCAUCUGACAUAUGUGAAUGUGAAAGUUUCAUGAGACAUGAGAGGACAUUUGGAGUGACCCACUUCUACUCAGUUCAAGGAGUUCCUAGGACAGGUCCAGCUACUGUGAAAAUUUCAAAUAUCAUGAAGCAUUCCGCUAUUGUGAAAUGGACUGAAGUACCUGCAGAAGACUGUUUGGGCUUCCUCCAGGGAUACAGAAUCAACUACACAGACACAAUGAAGAAUCUCUCUCUGGCUGUUGCUGUCAAUUCUUCUACCACCUGCUACCUGUUAACCGGACUUAAAGAAAAAACUACCUAUAAAGUACAAAUUUCAGGAGUCACCACUGCAGGAGAAGGAGCCCAAAGUCGUUCACAGUUUUUCACUACUCUGAAAUAUGAUAAAGGGGAAUUUGAAGGUAUUGUUGCUGCCCUUUGUCUUGGCAUCAUAUCCACCAUGUUUUUUCUACCCAUCAUUUGUUCUUUGAUGCUUAGAAGGUCAAGAAAAUUGUGCUGGCCAACUUUACCAAGUCCAAGAGAGAGCAGCGCUAUCCAAGAUGUGGCAAGAAUCAUUCCACGGGCUAACCAGGGACCCACUUCAAGGCUGUUGCUUCAAACACAAACAGACAAUGAUACUACCAGCCUUCAUGUGAUAGAAGAGGAUUCAAAGGCUUCUUUGAAGCUGCAGCCCUUUAUUGAGGACACAGAAGACAACAGUGAGUGUGAUGCAGGCCAGUCUGAAAGUGCUAGUGGUAGCCCAGACAUCUGUCCAAGUCUUUUGAAAAUCCCUAAAAAAGCAACUGCAACCGAAAAAGAAAGAGUCAGCUCUAGCAUGAGGGCACCUCUUCUGAGUGAUUACACCAGCAUGGAAUUCAGUCAGAAAGCCAUGCUAAGUCUGGCGCUGAAUCUCCCUCCAUGGGCUGCCCAUCCUCAUAUGGAGGGGAAACUGAACAACAGGCCAGGAAAAGUGGAGCAACACACACUGUUUACGCCUCAAGACUAUGUGAAACAGAGCCAGGUGGUGUUUACGCCAACUGGACCAACACUGAUGGAAGAAACCAGUUUGAGCUGA